GGGACACCAGCUAAGUACAUAGCACUAAACCCAAGGACCCACGCAAGGAUCUGGAUUUGAGUUCCUGGCUCCCCACCUGCAGGUGGGAGGAGGAUGCUUCAGAAGCAGUAAAGCAGGUCUAAAGGGAGAAUAAUGUGCAGAAGAGAGGAUUCAACACUGGUCAGCUUGUAGCCAACCACUUGCCAAAUGCCAGAGACCUGCUUCUGCUAUGCCUCCGGGAGCCUGGGGUCAGCACUGGUGUUGGAGAUGGAGACUGUCUCAAAGAGGACUUCCUGCCAGGACACAGGUGUGGAGGAAAGGGUGGUCUAAGGCACCAUGACAUACCAUGAGUCUCAGUCCCAGACCACUAUCAUCAAGUUCAAGGGCCAGGACUUCCAAUUCUUGCGGGACCGCUGCCUGCGGCGAGGUCAGCUGUUUGAGGAUGACACGUUUCCCCCCACCACUGCCUCCAUCGGGACUUCUGUGCUUCAGGGUAAGAGCCUCUCCAACCUGGAAUGGAAGCGACCAAAGGACUUAUCACAGGGAGACCCUCACUUUAUCCUGGAAGGCGUGAGCAGGUUUGACAUCCAACAAGGAGUGGCAGCAGGGGAUUGCUGGUUCCUAGCAGCCCUGGGCUCCUUGACACAGAGCCCACAACACCUGCAGAAAAUCCUGAUGGACCAGAGCUUCUCCUACAAGUACGCAGGCAUUUUCCGCUUCCGGUUCUGGCAGUGCGGCCAGUGGAUAGAGGUGGUGGUGGAUGACCGCCUGCCAAUCCGGGACAGGGAGUACCUGUUUGUGCACCCCCGCAGAGACAACUUGGAGUUCUGGCCCAGCCUGCUGGAGAAAGCCUAUGCCAAGCUGCGUGGCUCCUAUCACCACCUGCACUUUGGGUACCUUCCGGAUGCGCUGGUCGACCUCACAGGCGGUGUGGUCACCAGCAUUGACCUGCACUCCACACCCCCGGCCGACCUGGUGAGGAUGGUAAAGACAGCGGCCAGGGAGGGCUCCCUGGUCACCUGUGCCACGCCAGCCGGGCCCUCAGGGGAGGAGAUGAGACUGGAAAAUGGCCUGGUGAGCCAGCACGCAUACACGGUGACAGGGGCCGAGCAGAUUCAAUACAGGAGGAGCUGGGAGAACCUCAUCCGCCUCUGGAACCCCUGGGGCAACACCGAGUGGCAGGGCCGCUGGAGGGAUGGGUCCCUGGAGUGGCAGGAGACUCAGGACCCCCUGAAGCACCAUCUCCAUGAUAACAAGGAGGACGGAGAGUUCUGGAUGGCAUGUGAGGACUUCCAGGAGAACUUCUCCUGCCUCUAUAUCUGUCACCAUGUCCCCGUCAGCAUGGACAAUGGAAACCUGGUCCACGAGAGGUGGUCCCAGAUGAUGUUCAAGAACCACCUGAUUCCCUGGAACCCUGCAGGUGCACGGUGCCAUAAGUCCAUCACAGCCCCUUCUAGUGCUGCAGACAUGCGGCAGGAGGACCCGCAGUACCUCUUCUCAGUGCCCCACAGCACACAGGGCAUCAACGCCGUGGUCUCCUUCACCAUCAUGCCCCACAAUCUGAACCUGCAGGACCAGGACUUUGCAAUGGGCUUCCAGGUGUACCGGGACCCCCAGUUCCAGCAGUACCGAGAGAGGUUGCCGCCCACCUUCUUCUCCCAGUUCAGAAACGAGGUCAAGGGUGUUGUUUCCAGAACCAAGUGCAACCUCACCAAGUGCUUCACCCUAAGCCCCGGGCCCUAUGUCGUGAAAACCUCGGCACACAGGGACCCCGUGCAGUUCCUGGCCAGGAUCUUUGUGAAGAUGCCGGGCAGCAAUAGGAAGCCGGACAGCAACUUCAACCUCAGAGCCAUGAAGGCAACUCUUCCAGAAAGCAACCCCCAACAGAACAUCUUCUACAAGCACACACAGCAGGGGAAAGACCUGGACGCGAGACAGCUCCAGAGCCUCCUCAACCAGGAGUUAGUGAUAGGGCCCCGGGAAGACUCCUUCUCCCUGGAUGAGUGCCGGAGCAUCGUGGCGCUGAUGGACGUGAAGGUGAACGGGCUGCUCGACCCUGAGGAGUUUGCCCGCCUGUGGGAUCGCGUGCUGCACUGCCAGGAAGUCUUCCAGAACAUUCAGAAGCACUCGGGGGUCUUCCUGACUUCUGACCUGUGGAAGGCCAUCCGAGAGACAGACUUCCUGACAGGGGUGUCAGUGACCAGUCAGCUGCUGGACCUCAUGAAACUUAGGUAUAGCGACAGCUCCCGGCGGAUCAGCUUCCCCAGCCUCGCCUGCUUCCUCAUGCGACUGGAAGCCAUGGCAAAGACUUUCCGGAACCUCUCCAAGGAUGGGAAAGGCCUCUACCUGACUGAAGUGGAGUGGCUGAACCUGGUCAUGUACAACUGAGAAAAGAGACGAACGCCCCCCAGAGUCAAGUGCCAAGACCUCUCUCACAUGUGCAAUUCCCUACUCCUGGGGUCAACUUUGCCUUUUUAUUUUAGAGAGCGGGGGAGGAGUAGGGAGGGAAGGAAGGAGAGAAGAGAGGAGAGGAGAGAAGAGGAGAGGAGAGAAGAGAAGAGAAGAGAAGAGGAGAGAAGAGAAGAGAAGAGAAGAGAAGAGAAGAGAAGAGAAGAGAAGAGAAGAGAAGAGAAGAGAAGAGAAGAGAAGAGGAGAGAAGAGAAGGGGCCACAGCACUGAUUUACCAUUGCUGGAAGUUCCCCAGAUGCUGUAGAGCUGAGGUUCAAACUUGGGUUUCAUGCAUGGUAAGACAUAAGAUCUCCUGAGUGAGCAAUAGCUAGGCCUCUCACAUAUUCUCUUUGGUGCUAUUAUAAUGCAAUAAUUUCCAUAAUUUCAUGUCCAGAUUACUAGUUAAUGUAUAGAAAUAAAACAGAUUUUUGCAUUGA